CUUUAAAGCUUCAAAAUAGCCUAUGGUUGGAGAUAGUUUUAGUAAGAAAAGAUUGUCCAAAUCGUAAUUUUAAAGAAAUACAGGGACUAUUUGUAACUUUAGAGGAUCAUGCGAAUCCGGGAUGCCUGUCACCUUGCUCCAAUUUCCCACUGUAGCCUCUGCCGAUCAACGGAGUUUCUUCGAGCUGUUUUUUUUUUCUCUCUCUCUAUCUCUUCGACGAUCGUGUAUAUUUACCGGCGGACGUUAGCGCUACCUUCUGGCCAUUCCUCUUUUUCCAUCGGCCUCUUCUACGCAAUUUCAUUCUAUUUGAUUCCAUUUGCAUGCCACAUCUGAAUAACUCAGAUUGCAACAAUCAGGAUAUGGUUGAAGCUGGUUGGGAUUAUAAUCCUGGAGAAGUGGAUGCAGGGUUGGUUAAGAUGGAAUCAAAUUCUGUCAGGAUAACUGAUGACCAAGUUGAGUACUUGCAUACAAAGUCCAAUGCCCAUAGAAGAAUACCAGAAUCUGAAGGGAAUAGGAGUCGAAGUGCCUCAAGUACAGCAUCAGAAUGUGCUGCACCCAUUUGUCGCCAAUUUUGGAAAGCUGGAGCUUAUAAUGAGGAUCUUACACCUGUCUCCAAAACCCAUGCUGGUUCAAGUUAUCUACACAUACACCCGAAGUUUCUUCAUUCUAAUGCCACUUCACACAAAUGGGCAUUUGGUGCCAUUGCAGAGCUUCUUGAUAAUGCUGUGGAUGAGAUACAAAAAGGCGCCACCUGUGUGUACAUAGAUAAGACUUCAAACCCAAGAAAUGGAAGUCCAGCAUUGCUGAUUCAAGAUGAUGGGACUGGAAUGGAUCCAGAAGCAAUGCGCCAAUGUCUGAGUUUUGGGUUUUCUGAUAAAAAGUCAGACUCUGCAAUUGGAAAGUAUGGGAAUGGAUUUAAAACAAGUUCCAUGAGGCUUGGAGCAGAUGCCAUAGUUUUCAGUCGCAACUUUGUUGGCAGUUUUGAAGAAUGUUUGAAAGGGAUUGGGAGUUUGACACAGAGCAUUGGCCUUUUAUCCUACACAUUUCUGACUCAAUCAGGCUAUGACAGAAUCGUUGUUCCCAUGGUGCACUAUGAGUUUAAUUUUAAGACACACGUUUUCCAGCCACGCCAACACUCUGACUCAAAUCUAUCUGUGCUUUUGAAGUGGUCUCCUUAUUCAACAGAGGAACAGUUACUAAAGCAAUUUGAUAAUGUUGGUCCUCAUGGGACGAAAGUCAUCAUCUACAAUUUAUGGCUCGAUAACGAGGGUAAUGUGGAGCUUGAUUUCGAGUCAGAUCCCGAGGAUAUUCGUAUAGAAUGGGAUGGAAAAAGUAAAGCAAAGGAUGAUUCUCUCAAGGCAAAAAAUGAAAAUCACAUUGCCAAUCGCCUAAAAUAUUCUCUUCGUGCAUAUUUAUCCAUCCUGUACGUCAACCUUCCGGAGACUUUCUGCAUUGUAUUGCGAGGAAAAGUUGUUCUUUAUGAUAACAUUGCAACUGAUCUCAAGCACCCUGAAUUUAUCGAGUAUAAACCGCAUAGUGGCGAGGGCAAAGUGUUAACAACAAUAGGGUUCCUUAAGGAGGCCCCAGAUGUAAAUGUCCAUGGCUUUAACAUCUACCACAAGGGACGUUUGAUACUGCCUUUUUUUCCCGUGGUUACUUUUAGCCGCAACCGAGGGAGAGGUGUUGUUGGUGUACUUGAAGCAAACUUUAUCGAACCAACACAUAGUAAACAAGAUUUUGAGAAAACAAAUGUUUUCCAAAAGCUUGUGGCUAGAUUAAAAGACAUGACCCAUGAGUACUGGGAUGUUCAUUGUAGCCUAAUUGGGUACCAAGUCCCUAAAAAGCUUCGAUCUUCUUCAUUGCCUCCCCCAACCCCGAAUACACAAACACCUCCACCAAGCACCAAAACCACUGCUAAUGAUACUGGUGGCUCUAAAAGCGCACCAGUAAUCACAACUGUUAGCAGCAGGGCUGCUUUAUAUGCUAAAUCACCACCCACUCCCAAUCCCAAUCCCAUCAUAGAAGAACCUGCUGUCCCACAAGCUGCUGAAGAGGGAGGAUCAGGUUUGAAGAGGAAAUUACCAGAGGGAGAAGGAUCCCAUUUGAAGAAGCAUAUGACAGAAGCUGAUCAACCGGACUCAAAUAUGCCUAGUACUGCACAGAGUCAAAGGAUGAUCAUCUUGAUGCAAGAAAACAAGAAGCUCCAACAACAAUGCUUAAAAUCCGAGAAGGCAGGGGAAGAACUUAAUCUCAAGGUGAUGAAUCUGAAGAUAGCAUUAGGUGAGGCUCAAAAAGAAUACGCUGCUUUGUUGGCAGAGUUGAUGGUUUUAGAGAAUGUGAAUGUUAACGUGGAAAAUAGCAGCAGAAGUGGAUAUUUGUACAUGUAGGCAGUAGAUAUGAUUCCACGACUCUCUCUCUCUCUAUAUAUAUAUAUAUAUACAUAUAAUAUAUAUAUUGUCUUUUUUGGAAUAGGGAAUGAGGUUUAGGUAGGGGUAGUAAAGCUGUAAAUGUGAAUAUAGGGAUGAUGAAAUAUUAUGAGAGGUACAUGGCACUACUAGUAAAUACUAAUAGGACCGAAAAAACAUUAUUGUCAAG